AAAAUAAGCACCGGACCUCGCGCCGCCACAGAGACUCGGUGCGGAGUUAAUUUUAGCAUCAUUCUCCUGGAGGAUCAGACUCCCUUCAAGUAUUAACAAACGAUAUCGUCUGGUUAAAUUUAAUUUGCGUCUUCCGCAUUGUAUUAAAUUUCCAAUUAGAUAUUCUCAGGAAUAUUUGCAUAUCUGAAAAUGGGGUCACCAGAAGUCUGUGUAGAAAGGACUUCCUGCCCACACAGUGAAGCAUCCACCAUCCUUGUAUUUUAGCUCACGGAGAGGCUGAGGGACUGUCCUUCACUUGAGGUUAAACAAAGAAAGGGGCUGCACGAAGAUCCGGGGGUACAAACAUCGGCCCGGACUUCCUGGGUGUUGCUGUGGGAGGAGCUCAGUUGUUUGAGUAUGGCGGCGGCGGUGAGCGAUUAGCAGAGAGGGGAGGUGCGGCUCGGGGCCUCUCUUUUCUCGGUCUGCCUAGUGGGAUGAGUCGGCCACUGCGGCAUGUCGCGUGUGCCCUGUCCGGUGGUGUGGACAGCGCUGUGGCGACGCUGCUGCUUAGGCGAAAAGGUGAGGAGCUGAGCUACCAAGUGACAGGUGUCUUUAUGAAAAACUGGGACUUGCUAGAUGAGCAUGGUGCUUGCACAAGUAAUCAGGACUAUGAAGAUGCGUAUCGAGUCUGUAAGAUGCUCGACAUCCCUUUUCAUCAGAUUUCCUAUGUGAAAGAAUAUUGGCACGAGGUCUUUAGUAAUUUUGUAAAGGAGUAUGAAAUGGGAAGGACUCCAAACCCUGAUAUCAUGUGCAAUAAAAAUAUUAAAUUUAAAUAUCUGUUGCACUUUGCUGUGGAAAUGCUAGGGGCAGAUGCAAUGGCAACUGGUCAUUAUGCCAGAACAUCACAGCAUGAUGAAGAAGUUUUCCAACAAAAAUCUAUUAAAAGAACUGAAGAUAGUUUUGAUAACCACUGUAAGGAUGCUGUGAAACUCUUACAGGCAGCUGACCCAAAGAAAGACCAAACAUUCUUUCUGAGUCAGAUAUCACAGCAUGCCUUGCGACACACCAUCUUUCCCCUUGGUGAGUUGAGGAAAAAUGUUGUAAAGGAGAUAGCAGCAGAAGCAGGAUUUCACCAUACAUUAAAAAGAAAAGAAAGUAUGGGAAUCUGUUUUAUAGGUGAAAGAAAUUUUGAAAACUUUAUUCUUGAGUAUCUAGAACCUCGACCUGGAAAUUUUGUUUCUAUAGAAGAUGGAAAAAUUAUGGGAACACACAAAGGUUGGUUUCUGUUCACUUUGGGACAACGAGCCAGGAUAGGUGGCCAAAGAGAUGCCUGGUUUGUAGUAGAUAAAGAGAUAAAUACGGGGGAUGUGUUUGUGGCACCAGGAACCACUCAUCCAGCUUUGUACAGGAAUUCACUCCAAACUCAACCAGUCCAUUGGAUUGCUCAGGAUCCACCAUUAGAACUGCUCAGGGACGGAGUGAUGCAGUGUAGCUUUCGCUUCCAACACCAGAUGCCACUUGUGCAGUGUCAGUUAACCCUAAAUCCAGAUGAUACAGUUUGGGUGACUCUUGCUAACCCAGUCAGAGCACCAACACCAGGACAAUUUGCUGUGUUCUAUAAGGAUCAAGAAUGCCUCGGCAGUGGCAAAAUUAAGGAGCUUGGCCCUUCCAUGUACACUCUGCAAGAAGAGGGAGUAGAAUUGGCAAAACCCAGAAGACUGACAUAAUCUGUUAAAGAACUCACCACAACCCUUCAAUUUGACAUGAUCAGAUGCUGUGAAUCAACCAGAUGAGGAUUACUGAUUGCAUCUGUAAACAUGCAGGAAUCCUCUUAUGCAUCAUAAUCCUAAUUUGGAGUAUACCAUAAUAAAGUGACAUAGUUGUAAUGAUAUUUUUAAUGUUUACAGAGGAAGUUAACACCACCCUUCUGUUUCCCUUAUAUUUUAAUUACUAUAGGGUAAAUUUUCAAAGUGUUUGUUCCUCAAAAUUGGUGGAGCUCUGGAAGUUUCAGAAGCAGAGGUCAACUGAGCAACCAAUUUAUUUCUGUCAGUUUCAGAGCAGAAUUAUCCAGAUUCUACCCUAAGUUGUAUUCCCGAUUACCAAAAGAUAUGAGGUUCCUUAAAUGAUCACAAAAAGAUACAUAUUUUGUAAUUUGUUUUUCACAAUGCUUGCAAGUUACGGUAAAUAAUUUUCCAUAUAAAGAUAUUUUAAUUUAAA